CUGCACUGACCUGCGGGGAUUUCAAAUUUGACAGUCCCUCGGGCCGGAGUCGAGAGACGAUGUACCUGUGGGAAUGUUGAAGGCAGGAAGGAGAUAAAGCAUUUUUAUUUUAAAGUAACUUCUCACUGGUAUUCCCCCUACCCCACCUCCCACCCCCCGCUUCAUUGAGAAGUUCAAGAUUUUUCUAAUGGCGUCAAGAUUCCGCUUUGUCGAGGGUGUAGUUUAUUACUCUUCAUUAGUAUUUCUGCCCUUCACCUCUUAAAUGGAAAAUCAACAAUUAGUCGGGGUGUGAUCUACUCUGGGUUCAACUUAUAUACUUCAGUUUGUAAGCCAUGUGUUGUGGUUUUAUUCGCUGGAAUCUCCUGACUGUAGGACAGAUGUAACUGGAAUUACACAUCGGCUCAAAGAGCUCUUCGUUAUACAAACCAUUCAGAUGUAUGGCAUAUUUGAUUUAAUUGUAUCUAAGUUGUGUCCCUUUUGUUCUUGAACUGUUGAGCCCCAUUCUCAGAGAAUAUAGGGAACUGAGAAGUUGAAGCUAAGAUUAAAAAAAAUGUUUAUUUCUUUGUGGGAGUUCUUCUAUGGGCACUUUUUUCGCUUUUGGAUGAAAUGGCUCUUACGACAGAUGACUGGAAAAUGUGAAUUGCAGCGAAUUUUUGAUACCUAUGUAGGUGCACAAAGGACACACAGGAUAGAAAAUUCCUUGACAUACUCCAAGAAUAAGGUUUUGCAGAAAGCGACUCUUGUUGUCCAGAGUGAAGUGGACAAAUGUGUAGAGGAUAUAAUGAAGGAAAAGAAUAUUAACCCUGAGAAGGAUACCAGUUUUAAAAUCUGUAUGAAGGCAUGCUUACUGCAGAUAUCGGGUUAUAAACAGCUCUAUUUGGAUGUAGAAAGUGUGAGGAAAAGGCCGUAUGACUCUGAUAACCUCCAACAUGAAAAGUUGCUUCUCAAGCUUUGGAAUCUUCUAAUGCCCACGAAAAAGCUGAAGGCUAGAAUCUCCAAGCAGUGGGCUGAUAUUGGUUUCCAGGGUGAUGAUCCCAAAACAGACUUCAGAGGCAUGGGGAUACUUGGAUUAAUCAACCUUGUGUAUUUCAGUGAAAAUUAUACCAGUGAAGCUCACCAGAUUCUUUCCCGUUCAAAUCAUCCCAAAUUAGGGUACUCUUAUGCAAUAGUUGGAAUCAACCUUACCGAGAUGGCUUAUAGCUUGCUGAAGAGUGAAGCUUUGAAGUUUCAUCUCUACAACUUUGUUCCUGGUAUACCAACGAUGGAACACUUUCAUCAGUUUUAUUGUUACCUUGUCUAUGAAUUUGACAAGUUUUGGUUUGAAGAAAAGCCAGAAAGCAUUAUGUAUUUCAACAUGUAUAGAGAGAAGUUUCAUGAAAAGAUUAAAGGACUCUUACUGGAUUCAUUCAGUGAAAUUGAACUUGGUCAAAGAUUGCUCAAAGGAGCAGCAUUACACGAGUGAAAAGUGGAAUGCUCAUUGCCAGAGCAGGAAAUAUUACACACUAUCAUGGCACAGAAGAGAAGAGGUUUGGCUUGGAGAGCAAUAAUGGUUAUUAUCUUCCUUGAAGUAAGGAUUGGGGGCCAAGAGCUAUUUUCUCAGGAUAAACGGUCCACUCAACUUCUCUAUGAAUAAGUCUGGGGAGGCUUACUUUCCAUUUUCACAUUUAGGAACCUCUCCACACAGGCAGAUUGUUAACGAAGAUUAAUGGACUUUAAACAUCUGAGAGAAAUCAUGACUGAGCUUGUUUUGUUUUGUUUUGUUUUGUUUUCUGGCUUCAGCUUUUGACAAGAAAAAAAAUUAAAUGUACUUCAGCUAAGACCCAACUCUUAUAGGGGAAUUCUUUUUUUUUUUUUUCUCCCCAAUUAUAGGGCAGUUUUGUGUUUCUGUUAAUGUAUUCAAAAAAUGAGCAGCGGCUUUCCCUGGGGGAAAAAGUGCUGGUUGGAAACGUAAAGAAAUAGAUUUUUGUCUACUUUGGAUAAAACAAUUAACUUCUUAUGUAAAAGCAAUAGUUGAAAUGUGAUGUUAUUUUGUUCGGAAUGUUGUGAACAAAUUAAAAAAAAGUGUCACAAUUGU